AUGGAACUACUUGAGACGGUGGAGGUACUUGCGAACAACAGCGUCCGGUUUCGCUACAGCUGCCCUGUACAGAUCCUACAAACAAUUGCUAGGACGGAUACUGUUCACUGCAGUCCAAAAUUCGGGAUUGGGGAUCAUCUGUGGCGGCUGCAUCUUCAGCAGCGUUGCGCUCCACCAUCUAACGAGCCCUACCUUUCUGUACAUCUCCAACUCUGCACGCAACAGCAUGUAGUGGCUCAAUUCAAAUUAACUUUGGUGUGCUAUAUGGACACACGGUUGUCAAAGAGUUCCACAUUUAGGUGCACCUUUCAGAAAACCGGUAGCGCGUGGGGAGUGAAUCAUUUCGUGCCACUCCGACAACUGACUGGUGCGCAGAGUGAGUUUCUUUACCGAGAUGAAGCAUCCAAUGCUUACUUCAUAGAUAUAGAGGUUUUGCUAAUGGUUUGUGAUACAAAUGAGUCGCAGCGGAGGCGCUCCCUCAGCAUUUCCUCUAACCCAUGUCCUGCAAAUGUGGAUCGACAUCGAGAUGCAGAUUCUUCCGCUCGUAGAGGUCACGCCGGGGACCGAGUGAACGGCAGUGUGCACCGCUCUCCUUCAAACAACCAACGUUUCACACAAGCCCCUGGGAAUAGCUUCAUCCCAAGUCCUUUGACUAUACCAUUGCGGGCGCCCCUUUUAUACCCUUUCGAGCAUCUGGAGGGGCUUGCGGAUAUGACAUUUGAAGUGGAAGGCGGUUGUUUUAAGGCACAUCGCUGCAUCGUGGCUGCCCGUAUGCGCCCCAUCCUUCCAGCUGCAAUACUACCAUUACAACCCGGAUGUAGUGUUGCCAUUUCCGUAUCGUCGGCUGUUUUUUCCGCCUUCCUUCGUUACAUAUACACGGAAGAACUCCCGGAGCAAGGCGUUAUGUCGGCGGAGGCGCUUUUAGAUUUGUAUCUUCUGGCAGCUGCCUGCGAAUUCUAUGAUCUUUGCAGCCUGUGUGUGAGGUUCGUGGAGCCGCUUCUGACGUCCGAAAAUAUCCUUAACAUUGCGUUGACGCGAUUUAACGCGGCUGAUGAGGUGCUUAAUGCACUCUAUUUGUCGGCACUGCUUGAAAACUACGACACACUCAUUCAAGACCCGAAGUUUGAGGAAAUACCCGGUCACCUCUUCCGUCGACUGUCACUGAUACUUCGCAGCCAGGAGACGGUGCCGCCAAUUUGCAUUCCCGCCGUAAAGAAUACUCUUAGCAAGCAGUUGACGUGGUUGGCAGAGUCUGGUGAAUACAGUGACAUAAAUUUAACUGUUGGUCCCCAGAAGUUUGUGCUGAAGGCUCAUCGGUUUGUUCUUGCCUCACGUUGCAUUCUUUUCUCACAGGCAAUGGGCUCCAAAUUGCCGUCAUCUCAGCUGUCAUUCACUUCGGAGGAGUUUGACUUUUCUCAACGCGCAUGGCACAAGCUGCUCGCGGCUAUUUACUCUCACCACAUCGAUUCUCAACACGACUUUUCGGCGGAGGAUGUUGCCAUUGUUCUGAAGAUGCAUGCCGUAUUUGGUAUGGAUGGACAGUUAAAAAAAGAGGCCGACGAGGCAUUUAAUUAUCAGAACGCUCUCCGAAUGCUCAUGUACUCAACAAAACAUCAGGUCCCGGAGUUACACGAGCGUGCCAUCAAAUAUGUGGGGGGAAAUUUUUUCACUCUGCUUCAAGAGGAGCCACAGGUAUGGGAGCUUGUUGGUGAACUACCGCAGCACACUGUAGUGUCUUUGUUCCGCACAGUUAUAGAGAAUCAAGGUUUCAGUAAAUGCCAAUCAAUUGGACAAACCCAAUUGUAA